GAAGGUGGUGUGCCAACAGGUCAAUAAACCGUGGAAGUUAACAGCACUCGCAGACACGAACUUGGGGGACAUCAGUGAUAACCAAUUCCACAGUGAUUUUUAGUCUGAGGAUCUAAGUGAUGGCAAGUGGGGCUAGGCUGGUGCUGAUGUUGGGGUUACUGCUGUGCCUGGGAGCACAGCUGUCCUCCUCACAGCACUGGUCCCAUGGUUGGUAUCCCGGAGGCAAGCGGGAGCUGGACUCAUUUGCCACCUCUGAGAUUUCAGAAGAGAUUAAACUCUGUGAGGCAGGAGAAUGCAGCUACCUGAUUCCCCAGCGGAGGAACAUCCUUAAGAGCAUCCUUUUGGAUGCCCUGGCCAGAGAAUUUCAGAAGAGAAAAUAAUCUAAGACAAUUUACCAGCAAUGGCUGAUUUAAAUAAUUCCUAUCUGUUUAUUUCAUAUGACCUCUACAUGUUCUCUAAUCCCAUGUUGUGUUUUAUCAACUCUGAUGAUCAUGCAAUCUGAUUUUUUCCCUUUAUGCUGUUGUAGACUCUUACAUAGGUGACAUCAUGCA